ACGGCGGUUCAUGUGGGAAAUAGGGGCUUUGGGCGAAUUGCAUGCAACAGGUUUAUCGGGAUCCGAGACCAUGGACUACAGUCGGUUGAGAUCCCUGAAAGGAAGAGAAACAGACCCACCAUGGACACCCCUUGUGUAUGGGCUACUGUUCGCGUCAAGGCUGGCGUCUCAUUGACCAGCCCUAUUGCGAUGUCCCGAGGAUCGAGAGCUCAGACCCUGGGUGCACCUCUCAUUCGAUUGGUGACUGCAUCGAAGGACACUACCGGUACUCUGCCUGGAAAGGAUGGUUGUUAUCAUUCUCGGUCUGGCUCCAAUUGCUUGCACUUAUGAUAUAUCCCCUUUCAAACGCCUACUAUACCGGACCUCUUCCUAUUGAGGCCAAUGAAGCCAUAGGGGACAUUCUCAAUCGCCCAGGUCGACAAACUGAUAGCUGCCUCAAAACCUCAUCCCAACACUGCAUGCGUCCAUAUUUCUGUUUCACGAAACGGUUUUCCCGGACGUUGUGUCCCGUCAACAAACUUCUGACGAGGCGAGACACGCGACAAGAACCGAAUGCCCGCCUCGUCCCAACUCGUCCACUACCCUGCAGGAAAUGCGCCGCCAUCUGUCCUUUCUCUCCCUAGCUUGAUUCUCGGCCCUCACCUUAUACUUAGUUGCCACCGUGUAUGAUUCCCUGUAUUCCCCAGCAUCUCACUCCGCCUGCAAGACCCGCACAUUCAUGUGACGGUGGUCCGGUCGCCCAUCAUCAGCAAGCCGCGAUAUGUCUGGGCCCCAUCUCUCAAACCCGCCAACCAGUUUCAUUAGAAA